AGAACAUGAGCAGUCUCGCUGCCUGUCACCUGUGAGGCUGUGGGUGAAAAUUAUCCUCGUUGUGAUCCAGAUUCCGAACAAGUGUUCACUGACGUCAUUGCAACACUUGUCAUUCGGCAGAGUCAAUGGUUCUUCAAAUUGCAAGUUAUUUAAGUAACAUUAGGCACUUGAAGAAGUCCCAAAAAACCUUUCUUCAGAUAAAAACCGCAGCGGUAAUGUCAGCAUCAACUCGGCCCAGCUCGGACAUGGCAAAGUUUAGAGAGAUAUUCAAGAAGGCGAAACACGUAGCAGUUUUAACAGGUGCAGGAGUGUCAGCUGAAUCAGGAGUUCCUACUUUUCGGGGGGCUGGUGGACUUUGGCGCACAUUUGUUGCUCAAGACCUGGCUAGUCCAAUUGCCUUCAGACAAAAUCCUUCAUUGGUAUGGGAGUUUUACCAUUACCGGAGAGAACUCAUGCUCACCAAGGUUCCUAACCCCGCCCAUGUGGCAUUAGCAGAGGCAGAAGAACGUCUUGCAGCAGAGGGCCGACGGCUAGUGGUCAUCACACAGAAUAUAGACGAAUUACAUGUAAAGGCAGGAUCAAAAAAUAUACUUGAAUUGCAUGGAUCACUUUUUCGAACUGAAUGUACCCAGUGUGGAGAAGUGAAGGCGAAUACCGACAGUCCUAUUUGUCCUGCAUUGGAGGGAAAAGGUGCUAUAAAUGCAAAGGAGGAUGCUAGAAUUCCUGAGGAUAAACUUCCAAGGUGUGGAACUUGCUCAGAACUCCUACGUCCAAAUGUUGUCUGGUUUGGAGAAGGUCUUGAUCACGAUGUACUAGACAAAGCAGGUGAUGAGCUAAGCAACUGUGAUCUCUGCCUGGUUGUAGGAACAUCAUCAGUUGUCUAUCCUGCUGCCAUGUUUGCCCCACAAGUUGCAGAACGAGGAGUCCCAGUGGCAGAAUUUAACUUGGAGGCAACACCAGUCACUACUUCCUUUGGGUUUCAUUUUGAGGGACCCUGUGGAACAACCUUACCUAUUGCCCUUGCUCCUUGAAGUUGUUAGUAGUGGGGUCGGGAUAUAUAGCGACUUUAUAUAACGAUUUUUUGACAUCGCAGCUGCCAAAAUUAUCGACAUUUUCCUAUAUAUAGCGAUAUAUAUUUUUUUUUCACGAGGGAAAUCUGGCAGGAAAUAUUUCAAGUUUAUCACUAUUACCAAAAUUCUAAAAAUUUUCCAAUAUUCAGUAGACUCGCAACUUACACAAGGGUUAAGUUCCUGGGACCUCGUGUAAAGUCAGAAACACUCCUACAUCGCUCUUAAAUCACUAC